AUGGCGGGAGGGACGAACGCGGCCUCGGGGCGGCCUCGGCUUUGGCGCCGCUUCCUCCUCCUCCUCCUCGGGGCCGUGGUCCUCGCGGUGCCGGUGGGCGGCUCAGGUAAGCGGGCGGGAGGAGGGCGGGCUCGAGAAUCGCAGGGGCGCCGAGCUGCGAGGGACGGUGCCAGAAUCUCGACUGAGCUGCCUUCCCUUCCCAAGGCAGGUGUUGCAUUUCUAGCCUGAAGCGCCCCGUGAUCUUCGGAUGAAGGGCACCAUAGAACAUUACUACUAAUAAAAAUAAUUGACACGAAAUGUACAGUUUCGUUAAAAUGCUGCAAAUGCCACCCAAAACUAGACAGCAUAAUUUAUCCGUGGUCUUGUUUGGGAAGUGAAGGCAGAAAGGCGACGUGAUUUGUUCCUGGGCUUUGACAUAAGAGGCUUUAGUUUGGUGUUUCCCAAAAUGUUCAUAAUUAAUUGACCAAAGAAUUGGAACUGAGGGACCUAGCUCUAUGUGAGACAACUUUAUGACAAUUGUUAUAUAUGGUAAGGUACUACUACUAAUUGUAUCCUGCUCAUCUGACUUGAUUGCCCCGGCCACUCUGGGAGGCUUCCAAUGUACUGUAUAUAAAAACAUAAAUGUUGUCAGGCACUACGUUUCUGUUAUUUACCAGCAAAUCUCAAGAGAGCAAACUGGAAAUGCCAGAAAUGCUUGGCUAUGAAUUUGGGGUAUAUUAAGUUUCCUUUAGCUGUAAAUGAUGGCACUCGUUUACUGGCAAGUGUCAGAUUUGAACAGCCCAGGUGAAAAUUGUUGGUAAAAGGCAGGAUUCACUAAACUUCUGACACUGACAGUGCAGUCCUGUGCCUGCUAACUUGGAAGAAAGUCCAGCUGAAUUUGAUAAGGCUUCCCCCCAGCAGUGCCAUUUCCUGGAGGCGCAGGAAAUCAGCGCAGAGUAUGAUUUUAAACAAUUGAAAACAAUAGCUUUAUCCGCAUCUCCAGUGGCUCUAAAACCUAAGUAUAUUUAACUGUAUUGUGCUUGUUUGUUCCUUGCUAAUCCUUGCACUUUCCUUCAUGCAUGCACACACUCCAUAGUGAAAUUUAGUUUCUAACUUCCUGAGACAGGAACCUUUUUAGUUAUUCUGCAAAGCAGCCUUCUCUAACCUGGUACCAUCCACAUGCUGUUGGACUACAACUCCAUCAACCUCAACCUGCAUGGCUAUUGGUGAGGGAUGAUGGGCACUGUAGUCAAAAAUUUCUGGAGGACACCAGGUUGGGUGCUAUAUUCAUAAAAGUAUUCUCCCCCCCCCCCCCCAGGAUUCACAAGUUACUUUUUGCAUGCUUGUGAAUUGUUUGAAAUUUCCUCUUUGCCAAGCACACAUACGUACUUUUUAUAGCGCGUUGCAGAAUCUACACAAUCAGGUGCUUGCCCUGAGGAUCUUAAAAUUUCAAAUUCAACGUAGGAGAAAAAAACAUGGUGGUAUGUGUAGAAGGUGCGUGUGUACAUGCAUGUCCAUGAAUGUGCAGGCUCCCUCUCAUUGUCCACUACGUGUAGAUUUUGGGGCACCAAACCCUGUGUUAGUGGCUGCUUUUAAGUUGCCUAUUGCAGUUCAUUGGUGGGGUAUAACUUGUGUGAAAAUGAAUAGUGAUGUUUUGGAAUUUUUUGUGUCCUCUUGCUAAUACUGCUCUCGGAAAUAGUGCUUUCUUGGUGUAGGCUAGAGAGCAUCAUUCCAGCACCUUACGAAUAGACUAAUCCUGAUCUACAUUUUGUAUAAAACAACCCAGUUCCCUCAAUUCUCUCUUUUUAAAAAAAUGAUAUUUAUUAAAAUUUCAGAGAAUACAAGAAUUACACAAAAACAAAAAGUAAAAAUACAAGAAAAUACAAAAUACAAAAAAAGAGUAAAAGACACUUAAAAAGAAAAAAAGAAAAAUAAAAAUGGAUCAAUCUUUCCAUAACUUACAUUCAUAUCCUUGUUUCCCUGACCUCCUCAUACCUCCCUUUUUUGUAUUCCAGUUCAAUUAGUUAAGUCAGCAAUUUCUUCCCUCUUUGUUUUCUCAUGAUUCUUUAACUUAAUAUACUAUAACUUUAAAUUUUCAUCUGUUAUCAGUCCUUUUUUACCUACACCUUUAUAACAUUACUGCUUAAACCACCUAGCUUCAUUCCAACAUCAUUCUAACAUUCAUUAAUUUUACAAUAUUUCUGUAAAUAGUCUUUAAAAUUUCUUCCAAUCUUCUUCCACCGACUCUUCUCCCUGGUCUCGGAUUCUGCCAGUCAUUUCCGCCAAUUCCAUGUAGUCCAUCACCUUCAUCUGCCAUUCUUCCAGAGUGGGUAGGUCUUGUGUCUUCCAAUACUUUGCAAUAAGUAUUCUUGCUGCUGUUGUAGCAUACAUAAAGAAAGUUCUGUCCUUCUUUGGCACCAUUUGGCCGACCAUGCCCAGGAGAAAGGCCUCUGGUUUCUUCAGAAAGGUAUAUUUAAAUACCCUUUUCAUUUCAUUAUAAAUCAUCUCCCAGAAAGCCUUAAUCCAGUUCCCUCAAUUCUCAGGCAGCAACUCUGAUUUCAGGCAAAGAUCUUGCAAAUGUCUUUAACGCAGUCCUUGGUUAUUGUUUGAACUCAGUAGAUCGAGUGUUGCCUCUUGAAGAUCAUCGCAUGCAAAAAGAGAAUUCCUCUAAGCAGUUUUGCUACACAAACAAGGUGACCCCAAAAUGGCAUGACAUAUGGACCAGAAUUCAGGUAAGAAAUGGAAUCCUUUAAGUUUCAGGCAGUUGAUGAACCUCAGCCGAACUUUCUGUCUGCAUACUUGCUAACAAAAAUCAAGGGAACUAAUCCUAGAUUAUGUAAAUCUCUGUUAAGUAGCUACAUGUAGCUUUCAUAAAAACCUCCAUUGUCUUUUGUUUUUCAGCAUACUGGUUGGGAGUGUGUGGUGGAUGAACGAUAUGUGGUGCUGUGUAAUGCAUUUCUCAAGGCUCAGAAUUGGAGCCAUGAUUACUGUUGAAGUGCUCUACUGUGUUACUGUGAAGCUAGUUUUGUAUACAGUCAUACCUCAUGUUACGUUUGCUUCAGGUUGAGCGUUUUCAGGUUGCAUCCUGCAGCAACCCGGAAGUACUGGAACGGGUUACUUCCGGGUUUCGCUGCUCGCGCAUGUGCAGACGCGCAAAAUGACGUCACUCGCAUGCGCAGAAGUGGCGAAUCGCGACCCACACGUGCACAGAAGCGGGUUGCGUUCUUUUCAGGUUGCGAACGGGCCUGUGGAACGGUUCCCGUUCGCAACCAGAGGUACCACUGUACAGUAUAGUCAAAUGUUUUCUCUGUGCCUUCUCAUUCUGUUUCAAGUUGUAUUAUACAGUCGUUAAAAUAAACUUUUAUUCAAAAGAGCAUUCUGUGUUAUAGAAUGAUGUUCAUAGGUUCAGGCUUUGAGAAAAAUAGAUUGUUAUCAUGGUUGGAGAUGAAAGUCAAAGACAAGGUCAUCUCUUGGAGCCCCAGUUAUGCUGCAGAUUGAUGUAGCUGACAAAUAUGGAACCUGUAGUCCUCCAGAUACUGUUGGAUGAUAUCUCCCAUCAUCCCUGACCAUUGACUAUGCUGGCUGUGGUUGAUGGCAUAUGGAGUGCAUCAACAUCUAGAGGGCCACAGAUUUCCUAUCCCUUAGUUAGUUAGUUACUUAUCUAUCUCUAUGGGUAAUGCAAACUCUCCAUACACUAUUUGUGAUUUACCCAACUACAGUAAUGGUUGGCAGAUGUCUGUGCUUUCCCUAUUCAUUUCACAGUAUUUACCAGCAUUACAUAAACUGAGUAGUAUUCUUAUACCCAGGUAAUGGAAUGUUGCAUAUUUGAGCUCCAAUCCUAACCCCACUUAGCUGGGAGUAAACUCUGUUGAAUUCAGUAGAAUUUACUUCUGAGUAGACAAGGUUAGGAUUAUGCUGUUAAUCUUUCUUCCUUGCUGGGUGCCUUUGUUAUUUGUGGGAGAGGGUUGACUAUGCAGCUACUGAAGAAGAGAAGUUGGAAAAUAGAAAAGAUUGGUUGAAAAUGGCACGAUAGCCGGGGGAAGGGACUUGUGCUGUCAUAGGCAAGGUCAAGUAAGUGCUCGCAUCACUUUGAACAAUGGAGAUGCAUACUUGUUGCAGCAAUGAUUGCAGUUACUAUCACCAGUGCUUAACUGCUUGUGUCCUGGGAAACAGCAGUUUCUCCAAAACAGGAUCAAUAAUUUAGUGAUGACUGUUGCUCCUGCCCACCCACUUGAGCCACCAUGUCUGGAAAGGCUCUCAGCCUUGAUUGAAUGGAAUACUGACACAGUCUCUUGUAAACUUGUUUUGCUGCUCAGUUGUUUGCAUAAUGAAGUUCAGCACUGGAACUUUGGCUAUCUGUCUCCUCAUUCUCUCUCCCUGCCCCCGCCCCCACCCCCAUCCUGAUCCUGAUUUUUCCCUUUCUGAUCCUGUUCCUUCAAGUGAAUGCUUAUACUUUUCCUUUAUAAUAAUUGUACAUUAUACCAAUCUUACUAGCUUCCUUUGUUGGCACGCUUUCCAAAAGCCCCUUUCUCUUCCUUGGUACUUUCCUCUGAACCAGCCUGUCAUUCAUCUUUGUAGCGUGCAUUUCAUAAUGGUACAUAAGUUUUGUGUUGUUUAUUUAGAUACCACUUGAGUGGUGAUAUUCUGAUUUUUCUGUAUUUUAAUGUUGGAAUCUCCCUUGUGGCUAACCCUUUCCUACCUCUGUCUUUUGCAGAUACGAGUAAAAAGCAGCAAGAUGAUCCGAGUCAUCCAGGUGGAAAAUGAGGAAAAGCUUAAGGAACUGGAGGGAUUCAAUGUGUGGAACUACAUCGGCUUCUUCUUCAAAGAGAAACUCAAUGACACCUAUGUUACUGUAGGUCUCUACAGUAAUAAAACUUGCUUGAAAGUUGAUGUGCUUGAAGAAGGCUCCAAUUACACCAUCAUCGUUGCUCGUAGUAUGUCCUCUUUUACCUUAGUUGCUGGCUUACUGGGGAAGCUGUCAGUUGUGCAUCUAGUACUGCUAAAUGAAUUAGAUUAAGCUGCUUACUUCCUGAUACUGUGAACUGCAGGCCUUCUGGUUGCACAGAAAUGUAGUAGUGAUGCGAGGGCAGGAAUAUCAGGACACUAGCUGGCAAGUGAGUUAUGUAAUCUAGAUGCUUUGUACUACAUGUGGUGCCAUAAGUAGGAUGAAUACUAGGAUUUCAUGCUGAUGUCAGAGGCUUCACUAUGUCAGGUUAAUGGAGAAGUUGAUUCAUUUUGGGAGGGUCAAAUAAGUCGCAGUGACCCAAAGUUCUUUUUAUCUUUUUAACGAGAUGUAAGCUUGACUUAUAUGGUAUUCUUCUGGUUUUGGUGAUCUCUUACCAUUCCUUGUAAAAACCUAUGUGUCCAGAAUAUUUUCUAUUGCAAAAUGGAGACAUGACACUCGUAUCCCAAAUGUUUUUUAAAAGUAGAUCCUAUUGCUUAGUGUGAAAUUUCAAUUAAUGGUUCAUUCUUCUAUACUUGGGUGCAAAUACCCAUCACUUGUGAAUGACACAUAUGCACUGAUCCUGUAUAUAUUGCACAGGAGCUUGGCCAUUUCAGUAUGCAUGCACCUUUUGCAAUUAGUGAACUGCUGUGUGUGUAUUAUCUCACAGUACCAAAGUUUGAGUAAAGUCAAAAUUUGUUCAAUUCAUUUUUGUAUUUUAUUUGGGAGGGAUGUUGAUGGUGAGAACUACUAUUUUAAGGGAAAGUAUUAACUGCUUGAAUGAGUUAUGUGCUAUGCUGUGUUGUUUCUUCUUGGUAAGUUAGUGAAGGGACAGGUUACCCAAACCCAGGUAACCUGUCCCUUCAUUAGGAUGUAGUGUGCUUGUUCCUACAGUAGAUCAGCAUUCUUAUGUUGCUGCACAGGAACUUUGUACUCUGCCCUUUGAAUUAAUUCUAGAUUUGCACAAAGAGUAUAGGGUAGUUUGGGAUGAUGCGAUGCCCUAUGAAAGACAGGAAGCGGUCAUCACAAGUGUUGUGUGUCUGGCAGUAUUGCUAUAUGAAGCCUCAUCAUAAAUGGGCACUUGGUCUGACAGCAUUUGAGGUCACCUUACACCCUAAUUCAAAAGAUGUAGCAGCUCAAAGGUCAGUUCAACACAAUGGAUGAACUGUUUCAUUUUCUUGCAGCAUUUGAUCCCAAGCUCUUCGUGGUUACAUUUCUGGGCCUUCUGCUGUUUUUCUGUGCUGACUUGAUGAGCAGGUGAGCACUGUAAUGGGCGGCAGAAAUGCCAGACACAAUCUACUGCAGCCAUCUGCUUGGCCUGUAACAGCUACCAGAUUGAUCUUUCCUGUCUAAAGCAAUGGUAGUAGGUUAUAUGGUUUUUGUUUUAAUAAUGAAAGGCUAAUGCAGGGGUUGGGAACCUCAGACUCAGGAGCAAAAUAUUCUCCCCCAUCCCAGGGCUCUCUGUCUGGCCUUUGAGACCCGGGACUCAGGACUGCCUGUCUCCAGCUGUGCCAUGGCUAGCAAAGGACAUGCUGCUUCUUUGUUCCACAGAAAGUUGCCUUUUGCUCUGCUAAAUCAUGGCUAUGCUGCCCCCAGUGUCUCUGUGGACUCAUGGCUUUGCAGGCUUUGCCAGAAGCAACAGAGAGAACAAUCUCCACCUCCACAUGGCAACUGUAAACUCCGGCUUGUUACCCAAAGGCCAGCCAAAGGUUUUGGCUCUUGGUGUAUUCCAGCCAUUUUCCCUUGUUCUUGUGGCUUGUGUUGAAUAUUUGCUGCUCCUGACAACCUUUGUGGACGUAUAGAUGUUAUUCCUGCACAGCAACUGAAAUAACAAUUGUUUUUGCAGAAGUCCACUUUUCUUCUAUUCGGCUGGAAUAAGCAUUGGUGUGCUAAGUUCAUUGCUAAUUGUCAUCUAUGUAAUGUCCAGAAUGGUGCCCAAGGUGAGUGAAAGUACUGUUCUAUUGACAAUACUAGACUCUUUGACAACAAGCAUCCAGAAAGCCAUGAGUUCAGAGUUCAUCUUUCCAAAUGUUUAAGCUUUAAUUUCAAGUGCCUUAUUCAGACUGUCCAUGGCUUAAAGAACACGCAGGACAUAUUGACCACCCAGUCUUGGCUAGAGGGAUUGUCUUCCAUACAGCUUUGUUGUCCAUAUUCCUCCUUUCACUGUUUUAAGUUAGCAAGAGGAAUGAGUGAGGUGGCAGCAGCAAGAGGAGAGGAAGCAGGAUGUACAGCGGUGCUCUUUCCCUUGCAAAUGAGGAACUGACAGACGUAAUAAUCAUUGACCCUAGAGAGGGGAAUAAUUGAAAAUAGGGGAAAGAGAAACAUUUGCUUGCUGUGGGCAGAUGAACAUGGCAGAGUGGGAUUUUUAUUGCACCCUUCUCAAUAUAUGGCUCUUGCCUGAUAUAUAGUAGCUCAGAAGCACUUUAGUGCACGUUUUUGUUGGAAUCUGGACUAACUUAAUAUGAUAAAUACUUUACUACUGUGGUUGCCAUAUAUAUUAGAAAAAAGUUAAAUAAUUUUUGGCAGUGUGUGUGUAUGUGUUAGUGGGUAUAUUCCAUUUUUGCUUGACUACAUUUCGCCAGUUUACCAUAUGCAAAUUCAAAUGUUAGUGGUUGUGCAACUGCUUUUAAAAAUCCCAGUUGUGGUAUUUUGCAAUGUAGGAAAACCCAUGGCAUCAACCUCACAGUUCAAAUGGUAUUUUUCCCUAUGAGAAAAAAAUGGCAUUCAGCAAAUGAAAAUGCCCGUCUUUGGACAAGUCUAGUCAUCUGAUAGUUAAAUAGCUGCUUGAAUUGAAAUUGCCUGUUUCUUAUUGUGUUUCAUAUUUCAUAUUGUGGAGUUGUGAAAAGUGUUUGUGUGUCCUUUGUGAAAGCGUUUGGACCAAGUCAAGUGCAGAUACACAGUUCAGUGGGGUUUAAGUAGAGGGCCAUGGCUGCCCCGCCCCCUGCAAUCCCUCAUUCAGCACCGAAAUUGGCCACUGUAGUCUAAGACCUGGUUCUCAUAAGUGGGUAAAAUGGGUAAACCUGUGUCUCAGUGGUAUGCAUCAAAUGAUUUAAUCCUCUUCCAUUAAAAAAAAAGACCCUCUCCCUGCAUGUAGAGUGCUGGGAAGAAGGGUUCUAGUAGGGCAUGUUGUGUUGUGUGAGCCCCCACCUGCAACCUGCAUAGUACAGUCUACAUACAGGUUUGCCACUCUGCUUGCUGUUGUGAGAACUAGGCCAAAUGCUUCUCAUCAGUCCCAACCAAAGAAUCUGGCCUAACUUUAUCUUGCCAGGCUAUGCUGAAAUAUGCCUGCCUGCCAGAACCCAGCCAUAGAAUUUAAAUUGUGCAGUUUGCAUAUGGUAACAACCUAGUAGUGUUGUAUGCCUAAUUUAGGGCAAGCUGGAUUGUCUGCUCUGUCAAGAAUGCAAAAAUAGCUUUCUUGUUCUUUUUGUGCCCUAGAAAAGUCCCAUCUACCUCAUGCUAGUGGGAGGCUGGUCUUUUUCUGUUUACCUUAUUCAGCUGGUCUUCAGAAACCUGCAGGAGAUCUGUAAAUUGUACUGGGAAUAUCUGCUGGGUGAGUAUUUCUUGACUUUCUGUGCUUUCUUUUUCAUCAAAGCCUGUGCCUUAGGCUAAUCUUCAUAUUUUUGAGUGUUUCUAGAAUUAUAGAAUCAUAGAAUUUUAGAAUUGGAAGUAGCACCAAGGGUCAUCUAGUCCAAUCCCCUGUAAUGCAGGGAAAUCCAUUGCCUUCACACUUGGGAAAUGCUUAGCCUCCACACUUCAUCCUCAGCUCCCAAUUAGCUUGAGUAAAGAGUACCUAGAGAAGAAGAAGAAGAGGAGUUUGGAUUUGAUAUUCCGCCUUUCACUCCCUUUAAGGAGUCUCAAAGCGGCAAACAAUCUCCUUUCCCUUUCUUCCACACAACAAACACUCUGUGAGGUGAGUGGGGCUGAGAGACUUCAAAGAAGUGUGACUGGCCCAAGGUCACCCAGCAGCUGCAUGUGGAGGAGCGGAGACGCGAACCCGGUUCCCCAGAUUACGAGACUACCGCUCUUAACCACUACACCACACUAGAGAUCUAAUUAAGGCGAAUUUAGCUGCAUUGAUAUUUGUUCACACCAAAAUGACAGCUAAAAAGUGUUCAGCAAAUUCUGCUGAAGUAUGAUUUGGAGUCACUUAAACAGAAAUUUAAGUGAAACUGGUAUUUGGAUGGUGACUCCUACUGGGAUGAGGCACUGGGGUGGGAGUUAUGGAGGAAAUAAUGGCAUCAGCUAUACUACUGGUUACAGUGGUACCUUGGGUUACAUACGCUUCAGGUUACAGUCUCUGCUAACCCAGAAAUAGUACCUCAGGUUAAGAAAUUUGCUUCAGGAUGAGACAGAAAUCACACGGCGGCAGUGGGAGGCCCCAUUAGCUAAAGUGGUGCUUCAGGUUAAGAACAGUUUCAGGUUAAAAAUGGGCCUCUGGAACGAAUUAAGUACUUAACCCAAGGUACCACUGUAUUGCAUGUUUCAGGCUUCUAGUUAUGCAGUCCUUCUCGACCGUACCAAACCCUGACUUGGUUUUGAUCUUGAGAGGUUUUUCCUUUUAAUAUCCCAUGUGAGAAGCACACACUGUGAGCACAGGAGUCAUUGAUUUAAUUACACUUGGUAUGAUACAACCUUUCUAGAUAAGCAUCCCAUUCAUUUUAAGGCUUUUUGGUCCAGUCUUCCUAGAGCAGACUGUGUAAAAGACCUGAGUUCUUGGCUUUUGUUGCCUUCUGGAAUCUGCUGUUGGCAACAUGUUUUAAUUCUCUUGCUGUUAGGGAAUAGUCAGUGUUUUCUAUCUAUUUCUGGCUGAUUUAGCACAUUGUUUUGCUUCCUGGGGUGGUGCUUCAUUCAUUAAGUCACUCACCAUGAGGAUAGUUUAGGCUCCAGAUUAAAAACAAUUCUUGGAGUAUCUCUUUAUGUUUCUUCCUUUAUUUCCUUUCCUUUCUUUGCAGGUUACUUGCUCGUUGUAGGGUGUAUCAGCUUUGCAGUGUGCUACAAAUAUGGGCCCUUGGAGAACGAACGCAGCAUCAAUCUUCUCACUUGGGGUUUGCAGGUUCUUGGCUUGCUUUUCCUCUACGCAGGCAUCCAGAUACGGCAGAUCGCCAUCGCACUGAUCGUAAUUGCAUUCUGCACUAAAAACCUGGAGUACCCAGUCAUGUGGGCCUAUGCUAUCUACAGGUGACGGAUGGGAAGCAGGGCAUUACUCAUCCUAGAAGGCACAAUCCAAUAAUAGACAUUAAUAGACUAGUAAGAUAAGGUGUGUGCUUGUGUUUGUGUGUAUGUACUCAAAACACAGUGAAAUUUCUAACGUACGAGAGAACAAGGAUUGCCUAUUCAAAGAUCACUUACUAUAUUUCAUUCAGUGUUGGCCAAGUCUGUAGUUUAUAUCUGGAUAAUCAGAAGGAGAAUGAAUACUUUUGCAUAUAUAUAUACAGGGAGUGUCUGGACACUCCUGUAGAGGAUAGUUGCUCAGAAUGAGAUGAUUGUUGUUAAUCAUUUAAACACUUAAAAUUCUGGGGCACUGUGCAGCAAUCUGCUGUGCAGCAUAUUAGAUUGUAAAACUAUAUUGUUUCUUUAAUAUACUAGUGUAAAGGAAUGGAGAGGAAAGGAAAGAGGAAAGCAGGCAAAUUCACGUACCAGUUGUUAAAAGUUAUAGCAAGUUAUGUAAUUGGGUAAAGUUUCUUUUAAUGACCAGUUGAAAUAGGUGCUAUGGGGACAGUGUUCAAAAAGGAGGACCCAUUGACUGGAUCCCAGCCAGCUCAGUCAGACCUCAAUCGCAGCAUUCAUGUGCCACUGUAAACCAUCGUUUUACUCCUCCCUGAUUCUCUCCUCCUUCGUAAGGUGGGGCAGAAACAAACCAUGAUCCUGGCUUACUGCUGAAUCCAAACAAGGAUUAUGGUUUGUUUUGCUCCAAAGUUUGCUUUCUCAUCAUGGUUUGUUUGAAUAAAACAAAACAUGAUCUCCAGUUCAGAUGUGAUGCCAAGCCAGGGAUUGUGGUUUGUUUCCUUUGCAUACUAGUGGGGAGGAAUGAAGCAGACAUAUUUACAGUAAGCCAUUACUUAUGGUUUACAGUGAUGUUUGAACAUACCCAUUAUCUCUUUUUUCCUCCCUCAGGUGAAGCCAGGUGAAAUGGUAGCUAAUGGAAACAGGUUGUGGGAGGGGGAAUAGCUAACCUAAUGCUUUAACCCCCAAUUAAUGGGUAUGCUUUUGAUCCAUGCAGCCUGUAUGGUGGAAGCUGGGUUGAAUUGUUGGUGAGCUUGUUCUGGAUGUUGAGUGGCAAAUAUGGUCAAAUGGAUAUUGUGUUGAAACCAUUAAAAUUGGGAUUUCAGUUGCUGGAUUGAAACAUACCACUAGAUGGUGCCUUCAGAGAUUUUUGCAAGCUCUAUCUCCCUCUAAAGACCAGCAUCAUGUUUAGAUGCCUGGGUCCUCCUGCUCUCUGUGUCUUUUCUUCUGUCAGGUGGGCCUAUGAGCAUAGCAUAUGAGAACAUAUAUAUUUACAAUACCUGGCAAACCUCUUUUCAAUUGAACUUUACAGCAGUAAGACACAAGAGACGUAAGACUGCUCAAGGCAUAAAAUUUGAGGCUGGGAGCGAAUCGCCCUAAAAAGACAAUCGGUCUGUAAAAGGUCUCUCUUUGGGUCUGAUGUAAGAAAAUGACACACAGGUCUGAGGUCUGUUCAAAUGUCUACCUAGUGUUCAUUAACUCAAAGAAUACCCUACUCAGAUUACUGCCAAUUUGUGUUUAGUUGUUGUGCAUCACAAGACUGUCUUGGGAAGAACCAUCAAGAUAAUGCAGUAAGACUAGUGGGACAGAAUCUUUCUGAAGAAGGUCUAGUCCUAGUCAAAAAUCACAGUCUUGUGCCCUUUUGGUACAGACUCCCAGUUGCACCUAUUCUAGUGAAGCUCAAGAGUAAACACUGUUUCCUGAGCUGCUCAAGGGUUCUUGGAAGGCACCAGGCUUUGAUGUUCAGACUUGCAGCUGCCACUAAUGUCAUUGCUAUCCUAGCAGGAAGGUCUCCACAGCCCCAGAAAAGCCCAGCCCACCACGUCUGCUAACUGAGGAGGAGUACCGGAUACAGGGGGAGGUGGAGACACGCAGAGCCCUGGAGGAAUUGCGGGAGUACUGCAGCAGCCCAGAAUUCUCUGCCUGGAAAGCAGUCUCCCGCAUCCAGUCUCCCAAGAGGUACUGUCCAAGAUGAUUAGAAGAUGGGAGGGGAAAGCUGCAUGGUGCUAUGGGAUCCUUAUACCCUUUGGGAGCCUUCAAAAGGGCAGCCUGGUUACAAACUCAGCUAUAGGAGGGAAGUGGGAUCUGGGGUAGUUAAGGGAAGGGGGGGAAUGAGAUGCAGGUUUGAAGCUGGCUUCUCUGCUAGUGCCACACGCCAGGAAAAACUACCAAGUGUGCAUUGCUUUAUUGAGUGCAUGCUACACAUGGGGGCUAUUCCCCUGGCCAUGCCUGCAGUUUGGACUGACAAAUGUUUAAUUGGCCCAUGUUACAUGCAUUUCAUGGCAGGCCAUUAAAUAAAAGUCAGACAUCUGCUGGUUGCUGCAGUACUCUCACUGCUCUCUGCUGGUUUUUCCCCAGAUUUGCUGAUUUUGUAGAAGGUGCUUCGCAUGUGGUCCCCAAUGAGGUCUCUGUCCAUGAGCAGGAAUAUGGGCUGGGAGGUUCUUUUCUGGAGGAUCAGCUCUUUGAAGAGGAAGAUGGAGAGCGAGACUACAGCUUUGAAGAAGAGGAACGUGUGGACACCUUUAGGGCCCAGAGACAUCUAAUUUUCUGA